AUGACAGAAAGUUAUUUGAAGGAUAAAGAUUUUAUUAAGAUUCAAAGAUUGAAUUCUCCAAGAAAUGCUGAAAAGAGAAAAUCUUUAACUCAAACAGAUAUUGAUAUCGAUAAAUUAACAUCUCAAUUAGCUAACCAUUCACCUUCAAAUAUCAGAUCAUCUUCAUCAUCAAGAGCACAAUCAAAUUCAGGUAGUAACGUUAAUACUAAAAGACAAAGUUUAAAUGAUAAAGAAGAAGAAGAUAAAGAUGCUGUUUUAUUGAAUGAUAAAGUUAAUGAAAAAUUAUUAGAAGAUCAUGCACAACUUGUUAAAUCUCGUUAUAAAGUUAGAUAUAGAAAUGAUAGAGUCAUUUCAUAUUUCGACGAUGUAGAUUUUGAAUAUAGACCAAGUAUUUUGGAUGGCUCUAUUAAUGAACCAUUUAGAAUGAGUUUUGAAGGUCCAACUUUAGAAAAAGUUAUUAAAAUUCAAGAAAAGGCAAAACGUUCACAAUUAAGACGUGAAAAAUUUCCACAAGUCGCCUCUAAAGAAGAUUUAGAUAAAAAUUCAAGUAAUAGUAGUAGUAGUGAUAAUUUAAUUGAAUUGGAAACUGAAAUGAAUGAAAAAGGUUACAUGCACGAACAAUUAGUCUCUAAUUUUUCAGGGUUAUAUGUUGCUUUAUGGAUGGCAAUUGGUUUAGGUGUCCUAAGAGUUCUAGUAGAUAACUAUAUUGAUGAUGAUGGAAGUUUAAUGAAUGGUGAAAUUAUGAAAUUUUUACGUAAGGAUUUAUUUAAAGUUGGUUUUGUUGAUUUAUGCAUGUAUUUAUGCAUGUAUGUACCAUUUUUCAUUCAUUGGUUAGCUAAAAAUAAUAUUUUAAGAUGGAAUAGUAUUGGUUGGAAAAUUGUUUCUGUUUAUGAAUUUUGUUUCCUUAUUGGUUUUAUUUAUUUACCUGAACAUGUAUUAAAUUUCCAUUGGAUUGCAAAAAUUUUCUUAUUUUUACAUUCUUUAGUAAUCUUAAUGAAAAUGCAUUCUUUUGCAUUUUAUAACGGUUAUUUAUGGUCAAUUAAAGAAGAAUUAGAUUAUUCUACUAAUGCUUUAGCUAAACUUGAAAAAGAACCACCAAUUGAAAAGGAUGAUCAUAAAAGCAAUGAAGUUAAAGAAAUUUUUCAAAAGAGUUACGAUUUUUGUACAUUUGAAUUAAAUUCUCAAACUCAUGAUGAAUCCCAAAAAUUUCCGAAGAAUAUUAAUACUUGGAAUUUUUUCGAAUUUACUAUGUUCCCAAUCAUUGUGUAUCAAAUAGAAUAUCCAAGAACUGAAAGAAUUAGAUGGUUAUACGUCCUUGAAAAAGUUUGUGCAAUUUUUGGUACCAUCUUUAUUAUGAUAUUAAAUGCUCAAUUAUUUAUGUAUCCAAUUGCUGAACGUGCAUUGAUGAUUAGAGAUUCUGAAUGGACAGGAAUUAUUGAUAGAUUAAGUCAUUGGGCAAGAUUAUUAAUUGAUAUUAUUCCAAGCUUUAUCGUCAUGUAUCUAUUGGUAUUUUAUUUAAUUUGGGAUGCUAUCUUAAAUUGUAUUGCAGAAUUAUCAAGAUUCGGAGAUCGUUAUUUCUAUGGUGAUUGGUGGAAUUGUGUCACUUGGGAUGAAUUCUCUAGAAUUUGGAAUAUUCCUGUUCAUAAAUUCUUAUUAAGACAUGUCUAUCAUAGUUCUAUUAGUGCAUUCAAUUUUAAUAAAGCACAAGCUACUUUAUUCACCUUUUUCUUAAGUUCGGUGAUUCAUGAAUUAUCAAUGUAUGUCAUCUUUAAAAGAUUAAGAUUAUACAUUUUCUUCUUCCAAAUGUUGCAAUUACCAUUGGUUGCAAUUGGAAACACUCCACAAAUGAAAAAGAAGACAAUCUUAGGUAAUGUCAUCUUUUGGAUUGGUAUAUGUGCAGGUCCAAGUGUUCUAUGUACAUUAUACCUAACCAUAUAG